GUUCGCUCACUGUCUUUCCGUACAGAGCAACGCGGGUUCCGCUGCUGCCACCUGCUGGAAGCUCAAACGCACACCUUCGCCCUGGCGACCGGGCUCACCUCCACUUUGGCCACUCAAGCCGGUGCUUAAGACGCUCAGAGCUUCGUUUGAAUCCCUCCGUUUUUCAGUCGGACCCGGCAGUGCUCGUUGAGGGUGAUCAUCUCUGAGAAGUGCUCCUGGGCCGCGUUCAGGAAGCCAAAUGCUCCGUAACGCUGCGCAACGUUUUCUCCUUCUCCUCCUCGAUCAGUGAGCAACUUGCGGUCCGCGCUGCCCCAUUUUUGACAGCUUUGGCAUCUCGGCGUUUAUCUCCUUCAGUAGUUCUCGUAUAACUAUUUUGUGGGACCGCUUGAGACGCUGAUUAGGCCAUUGGGCAAAUGCUUAUAAAGAGCAGCACUGAGACUAACAUAGACAUUCUUCUCAUGACCUGUUUGGAAGAAUGCAAAGGGAUGUAAAAGUAUAGCUUAAGCAUCUUACAUUCUUCUCUUUGGUCUUUGGUGAGUCUCAAACUAAUUCAUUAUUUACAGAGGGAAGAGUGUAAAUAUUUCAGCGAGGAUUGUCACUAGAUCUCUAUGCCAUCUGAGCCAUGUGAACCUCAGCGAAUGGUGGAAGCUUUGGUGAUUUCUGGACAUUUAUUGUUGUAUCUGUACUGUGAGUAGUGGAUAUAAACUCCAAAAUGCAUCUGAUGCAUCUUGGCGAGACCAUCUGGGAGAGCUAUGGACGAGAGUCUGUUUUGCAGCCUAUGUGGGACUACAUGCGUCUGCAUUACUCUGACGCUCUGAGGUCCCCCCUCUUCCCUGUAAUUCUGUCAGUGUCAUCGUACUUUGUUCUCUGCCUGCCCUACCUGUUCUGUGACAUUGUUGGAGAAAAGUGGCCAGCUGUUCACCGGUAUAAGAUACAGCCGGGCAAGUUGCCCACCACCUCGAUGAUCCUCCGCUGUGCUGGUAUUACCCUCCGCAACCACAUUUUUCUGGUAUUCCCAGCAGCUGUAGCCCAGUGGGCAUGGAGACCUCCCAUUCCCCUGCCUGAACAAGCACCAACGUUACUGGAGCUGGUUGGCGGCGUGGCGGGAAACCUCCUGCUUUUCGACUUGCAGUACUUCAUCUGGCACCUGCUGCACCACAAGGUCCGCUGGCUUUACGUCACCUUCCAUGCCAUCCACCACGAAUUCUCUGCUCCUUUCGCCCUGGCCACGCAGUGCCUUGGAGGCUGGGAGCUGGUCACUGUCGGUUUCUGGACCACCCUCAACCCCGUUCUACUGAGGUGCCACAUACUUACUACUUGGGCCUUUAUGGUAGCACAUGUGUAUGUGUCGGUGGAAGACCACUGUGGGUAUGACUUCCCAUGGUCCACUUCUCGCCUCAUUCCCUUUGGCAUCUAUGGAGGGCCAAGCAAGCACGAUGUGCACCAUCAGAAGCCUAAUACUAACUUUGCCCCCCAUUUUAGCCACUGGGAUAAAAUGUUCGGCACACAUGCUGACUUCAGUUUUGUUAAAGUUCAGUGAAUUCAUGCAUUGCUUAAACUGCAGUUAUAGAGAAAAGCCAAGUGAUUUACAGUUGGCACUACCUCUUAGACCAGGUCAUUGGUGUAAUGCUUUCUUUGAGUAGAU